GACCCUCCUGUGCUAAUGUGACUCACAUGGAAAUGUCUUCAAAUACAAAUCCAUAUCGUUCUCUACUGACACCACUCUAUUAAAUACUUUAAUACCUUAUCUUAUAUACUUAUCUACCUCAACACUUAUUCACCAGACCGUGCAAAGCAUCGUUGAUUCAUGUAAAAAUUGUUUAAAAGUGGCAUCUUUUGAGGAGUUAUGUAAACAUUAACACUUACCUCCUUUGUGUUGCACCAGGACUCUAUUUUAUGCAAUCCAUAUCUCAUAAAACAGCAAGAAGAUAAUGCUUUAGUUAUAGUGCAAGAGACUAACAAGCUUAAGGAAUGGUUCUUUGGUAGAGAGGUAAAGCUCCUAAAGCCUCUCGCUCAGCUCUCUCCCGCUUCACUUGCAAAUGAAGUAUCGUGUGUAAGAACUUUGCAAUAGUAUUCCCCAACACUACAAGAUAGAGAAAAGUUCAUGAUACAAGUUCAUUAAGAAUAAGCAAGUAGUGGAUGGAGAAAACAUAUAUAGUUUUGAUCAUUAGCAGCAGAAGAUAUCAAUAUGAAUAUUUGUGUAUAUUAUAUCGAAAUUGGGUAUUUUGCACUGACAGAAGAAAGAUAGGCUUAAUCCUGUUUUUCGUCUUACUAGAAGUUACAUAUGUUACAAUAUUACACAACUUAUAAGGUUAAGAUUAUGAUAUAAAACUAUACUAUGGAACCAAAAAGCUAAUUAUGUAAGGUUUGUUCGCAUAAGGGCUCUUUAAACACAAGAGUAUUCUUGAUCCUUAUACAAGUUUUAUGUUCAAUCUUGCAAGAUCCAUUUAAACUACAAACUUGAAUACUUUUAUGGGGGAUUAUCAAAUUCCUCAAUAUGUUGCAACGAUACACUAUGUCUCAUUGAUCUAAACGACUAAAAACAUAUGCCUUAGACCAUAUUUUUAUCAAAUAUAGAAAAAAAUUGGUGGUUCCCUUGUUGACAUUUUCCAACUCGUUGACAUUUUAUAACACGUUGACAUUUUAACAAAUUGACUUAGACGUCCAUAUACUCGAUGGAUCAUUCCCGAACCUUGAAGCUCGAUGGAUUAGAUCUAGAUAAGUACGGAAAAUAUUUUUCUUCCUCAAAACUCUGUUUCACUGUCAAGAAAGCGGAUAGUAUCGGCAUGGGAAACUGUUUCUCCCUUUUAACCGAAAGAUUUGCUACAAGUCCAGGUAUAUAUAUAUGAAUCUGUGUGUUUACUAUGUGAUAAUGUGUAGAUAGAUAUUGUUAAGCUCUAGAUGUCAAUGUGCAGUGGAGGAAGGUGUGAAAGUAUUCACUAUGGUGGAGCUGAAGAAAGCGACCAAGAAUUUCGGAAAAGAGAGGGUAAUAGGAGACAGCUAUGGCGAAGUAGUGAGGGGAUAUAUCAAUCCCAAGACUUUAUCUCCAGCUAAGGAAGGUGUUGGCAUGGCCGUCGCCGUUAAGAGAUUUUACUUAAAAUAUGAGGAAGCCUUGCAAAAGUGCCUUGUUGACUUGGAGAUUCUGCGACAUAACUCUCAUCCAAGCUUGGUGAAGCUCAUUGGUUAUGAGAGUCGUCCAAAGUCAUUGCCGUGGGAGACACGGCUUAAGAUAUCAAUAGAAGGGGCUCGGUGUCUUGCCUUCUUGCACUCUAGGAAAAAAGACGGUCUCUAUCGCACAUGUCUCACUGCUUGUAAUAUCCUGCUUGAUUCGGUAUGGAUUCGCUUACCAUUUUUUUGAAUACUUCCUCCUUAACUUACAAAUGAUAGCUAUGGGGGGUAUGCAGGAGUUCAACGCAAGAGUUUCUUGUUUUAGACUCAAAAUGGUAGAUUCUCUCGAAGACUGUUCACACACCCCCUCUUAUGCCGAUGGAUCAUCCAGAAUUUACUAUGCACCUCUUGAAUACAUAUUCUCAGGCAACAAUCUUCUGUUUCCUCCUUCAGUUCUCUCUCAAGUUAGAAAUGACCAUUAAAUUCGAACACUAACCUUAGACUGAUGCAGGGAUAUCGCACAUGGCAGGCGAUGUAUACAGCUUCGGUGUUAUACUACUUGAGAUCUUAACUGGUUUGAGAAACCCGUGCAUCAUCCUAGCAAAGCAAGCAACACAAAAUGGAAAAGAAAACAUUGCAGAGAUGAUUGAUCCAGAUUUAGAGAAUAGCUAUCCUCUUGCAGCGGGAAAACUUAUGUGCGAGCUUAGUAAACAAUGCCUUGAGGACAACCCGAAGAUAAGACCAACCAUGCAAGAAGUGCUAGAUAAUCUGAAUGCUAUAGGCCAGAUUUGAGAGGACAAACUAUAUAAGGGUUAUAAAUUCUGAAAACAUUGUUCCCACUAUAAGAUAGUUAUAAUAUAGUCAAACUAUGCAUAUGCACAAUAUACAACACUGAAAAGGAUUGUGGUUCAAAGGUUACACGCCUCUCUCCAGAGCUCCUCUGAGGAACUUUGAAAACAUUCCCAAAAGCUAGCUUAAGGGAUUGAGUGUACUUAGGUCUUUUAUAUAGCAUUGAUUUACUCUCCU